GCAGCCCCCGGGGGCAGGGUGAGGGUCCGGGGAGGGCGCCCCGUCGCCCCGCCCACCGGCGCGGCCGGCCCCGCCUCCCUGAAAGACUACUUAGCGCUGGAGGUGCCGCCGAGGCCCCAGCCGGACCCCGACCGCCCGCUGACCAGGAGCUUCCCCGAGGCGAGGGCGGAAGAGGUGGCUCAGCCCAGGGUCGCCCUCGUACCUGCCAGCUCACCGCCGCUCCAGCCCCGCCCGCCAUGGUCCCGCUCCUGCCGGUCACCGUUGGUUGCAUCAGCCUCCUCUACCUGCAGCUGCCAGGCACACUGUCCCUAGGGCUGGGCAGGAGCCGGCUGCCCGCACGACCCAGGGAGCCCCCAGGCCAGACUUCUUCCAUUGCUGUGCAGCCCCAGCACCCCGCACCCCAGCCUGCAGUCUGGAAGCUGCACCCGGCUCUCCAGCCACAGAGAAGUGCCAGGCCGGCCCCUGAUCUGGGCCAGCCUCGCCAAAAUGGCCCCCGCCGACAUUUGGGUCCCCGGAGGCCUCGAGCCCAGCUCCUGCGUGUGGGCUGUGUGCUGGGCACCUGCCAGGUGCAAAACCUCAGCCACCGCCUUUGGCAGCUUGUCGGGUCCGCUGGCCCACGGGACACAGUCCCUGUGGACCCCAGCAGCCCCCACAGCUAUGGCUGAAGUGGGGCAGGUCAUACCCCAGCCCGUCUCAGCUGGGGUGUUGCACCCCAAUCCCAGAGCUGCAGCUCAGCCCACAGCCCAGAACCAGCCCCAGAGCUCGCGACC